UAAAAAAGCCUCGGACGUGGAGGUAAAACCUCUGAUCUGAAAGUAAAAAAGCCUCAGACGUGGAGGUAAAAACCUCUGAUCUGAAAGUAAAAACCCCAGACGUGGAGGUAAAACCUCUGAUCUGAAAGUAAUCUCACGCGGAGGUAAAACCUCUGAUCUGAAAGUAAAAACCUUAGACGUGGAGGUAAAAAUCUCUGAUCUGACAGUAAAAACAACAGACGUGGAGAUAAAAAAAACCUCUGAUCUGAAAGUAGAAACCCUCAGACGUGGAGGUAAAACCUCUGAUCUGAAAGUAAAAACCUGAGACGUGGAUGUAAAAACCUCUGAUCUGAAAGUAAAAUUCUCACGUGGAGGUAAAACCUCUGAUCUGAAAGUAAAAACCCCACGUGGAGGUAAAACUUCCGAUCUAAAAGUAAAAACCUGUGAUAUGAAAGUAAAAACCUUAGACGUGGAGGUAAAAUCUCUGAUCUGAAAGUAAAAACAACAGACGUGGAGGUAAAAAAAACCUCUGAUCUGAAGAAACCCUCAGACGUGGAGGUAAAACCUCUGAUCUGAAAGUAAAAACCUCAGACGUGGAGGUAAAAAUCUCUGAUCUGAAAGUAAAAACCUCAGACGUGAAGGUAAAAACCUCUGAUCUGGCAAGGGCGCUUCACGGCCCCAUUGCAGGCCCCGUCCCUAUGGCGACGCGACGCGCGCGCGGGGUACGCCGGGAGCUCGGGGCCUGGGCGAGGUGAACGCGGCGCGCUCAGGUAUGGCGGGAAUGCGGGGUGAGCACAUCAUGCUGGUGCCCGAGGAGGAAGAGGAGGACCUCUACUCGGGCUACAAUGAGUACAACCCCACCUACGACAUUGAGGAGCUGGAGAAUGACCCAGGCUUUCAGCAAGCCGUUAAAACAAGUCAUGGCCGCAGACCACCGAUGACAGCCAAGGUUCCAGGCACAGCAGCAGUGAGAGCUCCCGGAACUGCCAUGAUGAUGAGAAAUCGUCUGGUUUCAUCCAUAGGAGGACGACCCAUUACUGGGGCUGUGCAGGAUGGUAGCCCCGGAGCCCGACCCUUGACAGCUGUACGAGCUGCUGGGUACAGCUCCAUGGGCUCGAGAGGCGCUGCGUUUGACCCAAUGGGCCAGUCCCGAGGACCAGCACCUCCACUGGAGACAAAAGGAGAGGACACGCCGGAGGAGAAGCUGAAGCAAAUGGAGAAGAAGGUGAUGCAGCUGGUGGAGGAGAGCGUAAUGGCAGGCAGCCGUGGGGAUCUGACGCUGGCGCUGGAGAAAGCGAAGGAUGCGGGGCGCAAGGAGAGGACGCUGGUUAGAGAGCGUGAGCAGGCGGCAGCCAGCGACAACACCAACCUCGACCUCACCUACGCCGUGAUGUUUAACUUGGGUAACCAGUACGCUGCUAAUGAAAUGUACUCAGAGGCACUGAGUACCUACCAAGUAAUCAUCAAGAACAAGAUGUUCAGUAGUGCAGGUCGGUUGAAGGUGAACAUGGCCAAUGUUUACCUCAAGCAAAAGAACUUCCCAAAGGCAAUCAAGUUCUAUCGCAUGGCCCUGGACCAGGUGCCGUCCAGCCAGCGAGAGAUGAGGAUGAAGAUAAUGCAGAACAUUGGCGUGGCGUUCUUGCGCGUGGGCCAUUACACCGAGGCGGUGUCGGCUUUCGAGCACAUCAUGAGCGAGAGCCCCGAUCUACGCGCUGCCUUCAACCUGACGCUCUGCUACUUUGCGCUGGGCGAGCAUGAGCGCAUCAAGCGAGCCUUCCAGCGCCUCGUCGCCGUGCCCCUUGGUGUCGGGGAUGAGGACCGCUACACGCCGCACAACGAUGAUCCGCAUACUAACUUGGUGAUAGACGCCAUCAAGAAUGAUAUGCUGCGGCAAAUGGAGAGGGAGAGGCGCACCAUGGCAGAGCGUUUCAUCAUGACGGCGGCCAAGCUGAUCGCCCCCGCUAUCGAAGAGACCUUUGUGGCGGGAUACGACUGGUGUGUGGAGACGGUGAAGGCAUCCCAGUAUGUGGAACUGGCCAAUGACCUGGAGAUUAACAAGGCCAUCAUGUACCUCAAGCUGAAAGACUUUGAUCAGGCUGUUGAGGCGUUGAAGAUGUUUGAAAAAAAAGACACACGUGUGAAGAGUGCAGCCGCCACGAACUUGGCGUUUCUCUUCUUCCUGAGGAACGACGUGGCCCAGGCGGAGAGAUAUGCCGAUGCGGCCAUGGCGGCCGAUCGCUACAACCCGCAGGCGCUCGUUAACAAGGGCAACUGCUUGUUCCUCGGGGGCUCCGCGGAGCAGGCGGCCGACUACUACCGCGAGGCGCUCCGCAACGACGCCUCGUGCACCGAGGCUCUCUACAACCUGGGCCUGGUGCACAAGCAUCUUGGACGUCUCCAGGAUGCGCUCGAUUGCUUUCUCAAGUUGCACUCCAUCCUGCGCAACCACCCUCCAGUGAUGCACCACAUCGCCAGCAUAUAUGAAGCACUGGAGGAAGCAGGACAAGCAGCGGAGUGGCUGCUGCAGCUGGUGACAGUGGUGCCCACAGACCCGCACGCCCUCGCCCGCCUCGGAGACGUCUACGACGCUGACGGGGACAAGUCUCAGGCCCUGCAGUACCACUAUGAGUCGUACCGUCAUUACCCAUGUGACAUUGAGGUGAUCGAGUGGCUUGGAGCUUAUUACAUCGACUCCCAGUUCUGUGAGAAGGCCAUACAAUACUUUGAGAGGGCGGCACUAAUACAGCCCACGCAGGUGAAGUGGCGCCUCAUGGUGGCAAGCUGCUAUCGGCGGAGCGGAAAUUACCAGAAGGCUUUAGAAACCUAUAAGAUGGUGCAUGUGAAGUUUCCAGAAAACGUGGAGUGCCUGAAGUUCCUGGUGCGGUUGUGUAACGACAUGGGACUGAAGGAGGCCCAGGAGUACGCCACUAAGUUGAAGCGUGCUGAGAAGGCUCGGGACGUCAAGGAACAGAGAGUGAAGUCUGGGCGUGUUGGGAGUGGUCGGACGCUGAGGGAGGGCAGUGCAGGGAGUGACAGGGGAGGAAGUGUCCAGGACGUGCGCGCGGAAAGGCUGAGUGGAAAGUUGCGUUCCGUCGCCCCCGGUGGGCAAGGUUAUGAUAGCAGCAACCCUGGCAAGCCCAUCGACGCUUCGUACAGCGACCCCCUGGGCCCGCAGGCCGAGCGGCCCCGCACGGCCGCAGCAAGGAGGCGACCCCAGGAAGAUGACGACUUUGGGGAUGAUGAGAUCACCGAUGAGCUGCUGCCGGACUAGACCCGGCACAGGGCCCCCCCGUGUGUGAAGAGACUCGGUGAAUGCCACCCCCCACACACUGCACACACGGCUAGACUCAGUGACCCCCCCCCACACUGCACACACGACUAGACUCAGUGUCCCCCC